AUUGUUGAUGUUUGUUUACGUGUAGCAUCGAACCGUUGAAUCGUUCGCCCGAAAUGUUUCUGCGCAGGUGCGAGUGACGUAGCAUAAAUUAGUGAAAUGCUCGAAGGCGGAGCGUUAAACUUCCAACGAGCCAUUCACAGUAAUGGUACGAUUGGGUGGAGGUCUCCUAUUGGUUCAUGCCACAGUCGAAGAUUGGAUGAGGUGAAGUUGUGUCCAUAACACCACACAGGGUAGCUUGUAUUUCGCUGUUCAGUGCACCAAAAUGUUCACCCUGUAGUUUUACACUGGCAGACGCAAAAAGGUGCCUGACUCAAACACAUAGAAGAUGAGUCGCUUCUUAAAUGUCCUGCGCAGCUGGUUGGUGAUGGUGUCUGUCAUCGCCAUGGGAAACACGGUGCAGAGUUUCAGAGAUCACAGCUUCUUGUCAGAGAAGCUCUACACCGGCAUGCCAGAGUUCGUCAAUGGUCUCCAAGCUCGAACAUUUGGAAUUUGGACAUUGCUGUCAUCAAUUAUUCGCUGUGCCUGUGCCAUCGAUAUCCAGAACAGAAUGCUGUAUCACAUCACCUUAUGGACGUUUGUGCUCGCAUUGGGUCAUUUUCUGUCUGAAGCCUUUGUCUAUAAAACUGCACCGCUCACUAUAGGGGUCAUGGCACCGCUCAUCGUGGCAGGUUUCUCUGUCUUUGGAAUGCUGAUCGGAUUCCAGUAUUUUCCAGAAACACAAGAGGACGUUGGAGCGCGACAGAAGAAACGUAACUAAAACCUAACAUUUUAACAUUGUUCCUACUCAUGAACUCCUCACAAUUCUGGUCUUGAAGAAUGUGAGCUCCAGAAAAUUGCAAAAUGAUCUAUUUCGUACUGUGAAAUAAAUAAAUUUGUUUUCUUACACAAAUAUUUACAGUUGACAAUCCAGUUAAAAAAAAAAAAAAA